CAUAGCCUAAUUGUCUUACUUCAUUUCCAUUAACCUUAAAUAAUAACAACCGAUUAUCUUUCAGCUAUACCAACAGCAUUAACAAUGAACGUUCAACAAUAUCUUAUCUAUGACCUUGAUCACGGCACUUAUAUCCUUCAAUUUCGUUAUGCAGAUGACAGUCAAGUGGCCAUGAAUGUCGUUCGAAGGGCAGAAGACCCGUCGGAAGAAAGGUUACUUGACGACGCGAUUCUUGAGAUGACACGUUCAUCAAGCAAUAUAAUUCAAAGUAAUGAAGAAAAGAGCGAAAUAAUAAAGAUCCAAUUUUUCGACUUGAGCGUUAAAUCUGAAGAAGAACUAUAUGAAUAUAUAAGAUGUCAAGAGAAUUGGUAUAGAUAUAUAACAUAUAAAUACUUUCGUUAUGGACCACUUCAUGUAGCAGCAAGAUUCGGAGACUUAGAUCUAGUAAAAGAUAUCAUGAAAAAAACGUUGCCAUGUUGUUCGUUGAACCAAAGUAAAAUAUACUCUGCUGUAGUUUUUAACGAAACACUCUUGGAGAGUGGCAUCAGAAGUGACAAUGUUGAUCUCGUAAGAUUUUUGAUUGAAAAUGGCGCGAAUUUCAGUAGCAAAAACGUGGAUGAUCCGUUGACAUUUCUGAUACUGGUCUACGCUUUCAGAAUUAAAAGCAAUAAUAUCAUCAAGGCUUUUCUGAAUAAAGAUGACGUCAAGCACGUGUCUCCGAUCUUUGGAUCGCUUAUCACCUGUGCAAUUUAUAAUGGCGACUUGAGUCUUAUCCACAACGUUUUGAGACUGGGAGCUUACAUAAACUCUUUGAGUGUUUUUUCAGAAAGAUUCAUAUGGUUCUAUGGGACCUUGACACCUUUGCAGACUGCAAUUGCGCUCAAAAAAGUCGAUAUUGUCAAGCUGCUGAUACGCUGUGGUGCUAAUGUUGAUUAUUUGAUACCAGGUCUGAAGUAUCAAAUGACUACUCUUCAAUAUGCAGUGAAAAUAAAUACUUCGAGAGAUAUCAUUGUCGCUCUUCUUGAUGCUGGAGCUGAUGUCUUUUAUCUCUUGGGUAAUUAUGUUCUGCCAUUCAGUGACAAGCAUAGAUCUCAGUUAAUCACAAGAUCGUUGAAGGAAAUGGUUAUCAAAUUAGACACUGUUGGGUUCAAUCUGUUGAAAACUAAUAGAAUAAAACGAAUUCUUAAGGAUAAAAAGUUAGAUCACUUCAAAUGGAAGUGCUUUGAAGAAGUUGAAAGGAUGGACACUACUCAAAUUGAAACUACCAAUAUUACGUACUAUGAUUUGCUGACGAGAGAUGUCUAUGAAUUAGCAACAGAUGAUCAGUAUGCUGUCUUAAAGUCUGCGGCUGUUGAUAAGGAUUUAGAAAAGCAGUUUCCGUUGUACGCUGGUAUUAUUCUGGCACGCUUUAAAAAUGCUGUUAAAACUAAAAUCCGUCUUCCAGAAUUUGAGAAUUUUAUAUUAAAUAUUUUUCCUGAUGCUCCGAUUGAUUUAAUUGACAAAUUACUACCGUAUGUCUGCGAGGAAGGCUUGGAGGUGGUCAAAUCAAGAGGGAGUUUUGCAUUCCAGAAAUUAGUUAAUUCAAUGACCUUUUGAUCAGCGGUGACAUAAAAAAAAUCCACAUUCCCGACAAAUAUACGUUGUCCUGUAAAAUGACUACAGUUUGGACUAAAGCGACCGUUCAUACUAUUCAAUAAACUUACAAAUUCUAGAACUACUAUAUUUAGUAUUUAAACAUAAUUUUGAAGUUAUGCUUUGCGCACAAAAUAAAAAUU